AAAGUCUCCAGUGCAAGUCCAGCUGUUGCAGUGGAUCAAAAUAAAAAGGAAAAGAAAAAAGAAAGUGAAGCUUACAGUGAACUACAGUGUGAGCCAAGCUUCAUAGAAGACAGACUGAAGCUUUACGAAGCACUGAAAAAAGAACAUGAUGCUUUGCUAGCUUACAGAGCGGCCAACCAGAGCAAACCUAUCAAAAUAAUUCUGACAGAUGGAAAGAUGGCUGAAGGGGAAUCUUGGAAAACCACGCCGUAUCAAUUAGCUGUAGGAAUUAGUCAAGUGUUGGCUUCAAAUGCAGUCAUAGCCAAAGUGAAUGGUGAAUUGUGGGACCUGGAUCGUCCACUGGAGGGAGAUUGUACUCUGGAGCUGCUUAUGUUUGAUAAUGAAGAAGCAAAAGCUGUUUAUUGGCAUUCAAGUGCUCAUAUUCUUGGAGAGGCCAUGGAAGGUUAUUUUGGGGGCUGCUUAUGCUACGGACCGCCAAUUGAGAACGGAUUUUAUUAUGACAUGUACACUGAAGAUAGAAGUGUAUCUAGUACUGAAUUCCCACUACUAGAGAACCGCUGUAAAAAUAUCAUAAAAGAGAAGCAGGCUUUUGAAAGGCUGGAAGUCAAAAAAGAGGUCCUGUUAGACAUGUUUAAGUAUAACAAGUUUAAGUGUCGUAUCCUUAAUGAGAAAGUGAACACACCAACUACCACAAUAUACAGAUGUGGUCCACUGAUUGAUCUCUGCAGAGGUCCACAUGUGAGGCACACUGGAAAAAUUAAGGCCCUUAAAAUAUUUAAGAAUUCCUCUACUUAUUGGGAAGGAAAAUCUGACAUGGAAAUUCUGCAGAGAAUAUAUGGUAUAUCCUUUCCUGAUAACAAAAUGAUGAAGGAAUGGGAAAAAUUCCAGGAAGAAGCCAGAAACCGGGACCAUAGGAAAAUUGGAAAGGAGCAAGAACUCUUCUUCUUUCAUGAUUUGAGUCCUGGAAGCUGCUUUUUCCUCCCCAGAGGUGCCUUUCUUUAUAACACACUCAUGGAUUUCAUACGAGAGGAAUAUCACAGGCGUAAUUUUACUGAAGUUGUAUCUCCAAACAUCUUCAGCAGUAAACUCUGGGAAGCUUCAGGACACUGGCAGCACUACAGUGAAAAUAUGUUCUCUUUUGAGAUCGAGAAGGAAACUUUUGCCCUUAAACCGAUGAAUUGUCCAGGACAUUGCUUGAUGUUUGCCCAUCGUCCACGAUCCUGGAGGGAAAUGCCUCUUAGGCUUGCAGAUUUUGGAGUUCUUCACCGAAAUGAACUCUCUGGGACUUUAAGUGGCUUGACUCGUGUAAGGCGCUUCCAACAAGACGAUGCUCACAUCUUUUGCACAAUAGAACAGAUUGAAGAAGAAAUUAAGGGCUGUCUUGAUUUCUUGAAGUCAGUGUAUGCUGUCUUUGGUUUUACCUUUCAACUACAUCUUUCUACAAGACCAGAAAAUUAUCUAGGAGAGUUAGAGAUCUGGGAUCAUGCAGAAAAGCAACUUCAAAACAGUUUGAAUGACUUUGGACAGCAAUGGAAUUUGAAUCCAGGAGAUGGAGCAUUUUAUGGUCCUAAGAUUGAUAUUAAAAUCAAAGAUGCUAUUGGCAGGUACCAUCAAUGUGCUACUAUCCAACUUGACUUCCAAUUACCCAUUCGAUUUAAUCUUACUUAUGUUGGUAAGGAUGGCAACGAUAAGAAAAGGCCAGUGAUUAUUCACAGAGCUAUUUUGGGAUCUGUGGAGAGAAUGAUAGCUAUUCUAGCAGAAAAUUAUGGAGGAAAAUGGCCAUUCUGGCUGUCUCCACGGCAGGUCAUGGUUGUGCCUGUGGGACCUACUUCUGAAGAGUAUGCCCGGCAGGUUUGCAGUGAAUUUUUUGAAGCAGGAUUUAUGUCAGAUGUGGAUCUGGAUCAAAGUUGUACCUUAAACAAGAAAAUCAGGAAUGCACAGCUGGCCCAGUAUAACUUUAUCCUAGUGGUUGGAGAAAAGGAGAAAGCAAAUAAUGCUGUCAACGUGCGAACAAGAGACAACAAAGUUCAUGGAGAGAUUUCAGUAUCUUCUGCUAUUGAAAAACUCAAGAAAUUUAAGAGUUCACAUACUGCAAAUGCAGAGGAAGAAUUCUGA